CUCAGCCUCGCCCGCACCCGCACGUCCAUCACCUCGGCCGCCUCCCGCCCGCCAGACUUCGAAGUGACGCUGGACGACGACGACCCAGAAAACCCUCGCAACUGGCCGCUCUGGUACCGCGGCUACACCAUCCUGGCCGUGUCGUACGCCAGCUGGGUGGUGGUGCUGUACAGCACGAGCUACACGGCCACCAUCCCGGGGCUGAUGGCCGAGUUCGGCGUCGCCAGCCGCAGCGUCGCCACCCUCGGCCUGACCAGCUACCUGCUGGGCCUGGCCGCCGGCAGCGUCGUGGUCGCGCCCAUGAGCGAGCUCUACGGCCGCCGCGUCGUGUACCUGGUCUGCAUGGGCGUGUUCGUCGUCCUGAUCGUGCCGUGCGCGCUGGCGCAGAGCCUGGCGGCUAUGGUGGUCGUGCGGUUCUUUGGAGCGUUGUUUGGCGCGGCCAUGAUUUCGAACAGCCCCGGCACCGUUGUCGACAUCGCCGGCCGCGAGUCGCUCGCGCUGUGCAUGUCGAUAUACAGCAUCGCGCCGCUGAACGGGCCGGUCACGGGGCCCCUGAUCGGCGGCUUUGUGUACGAGAACCUGGGCUGGCGGUGGGGAAACUGGUUGGCCCUAAUCCUGGCCGGCGUUGCAGUGUUGAUGCUGGCCUUGGUGAAGGAGACGUACGCCCCGGCGCUGCUGAAGAAGAAGGCGGCCCGCAUGCGCAAGGAGACGGGCGACGACCGGUGGUGGUGCCGCCACGACCAGCGCAUCUCGACGCUCGAGCUGCUCAAGAUCAACCUCAGCCGCCCGUUCGUGCUGGCCGCGACGGAGCCCAUCCUGUGGUUCUUCAACAUCUGGAUCUCCGUCAUCUACGGCAUCCUCUACCUCUGCUUCGUCGCCUACCCGAUCGUCUUCACGCAGCACCGGGGCUGGACGGUGUCCAUGUCGGGCCUCGCCUUCCUGGGCAUCGGCAUCGGCACGCUGAUCGCCAUCGCGCUCGAGCCCGUCUGGCGGCGACUGAUCAACGGGGCGGGCAAGACGGACCCGGACACGGGGCGGGCGGCGCCGGAGGCGACGGCGCUGGUGAUGAGCAUCGGGGCGGUGCUGACGCCGCUGGGCCAGCUGGUGUUCAGCUGGACGUGCCUGCCGGCGUCGAUCCCCGCGCUGGUGCCGAUCGCGUUCGGCGUGCCCUUCGGCAUGGGCAACACGCUGUCCUUCAUCUACGGGUCCAACUACCUGGCCGGGGCGUACGGCAUCUACGCGGCGUCGGCGCUGGCGGGCAACGCCGUCAUGCGCUCCGUCUUCGGCGCCGCGCUGCCGCUCGCCGGCCCCGCCAUGUACGACGCGCUGACCCCGCAGUGGGCCGGCACCCUGCUCGGCCUGCUCGAGGUGCUGCUGGUGCCGAUCCCGUUCGCGUUCUACCGGUACGGCGAGCGGAUCCGGGACCGCAGCAAGGUGAUACAGCAGAUGCGGGAGGAGAGGGCGGCGGCGGAGCGGCGGCUAGCGAAACUGGCGGCCAGGAGGGAGAGGACGGAGAGGAGG